CUGCGUACAGCCGGAGGGAGGUAUUUUGGAAACGACCAAUCUAGGAAGCAGCCUCUGGUCGUUUGACCAGAAGGCUCCUAAAAAUCUCUUGGAUUCCCUCGAGUUUCUGUACGGGCAGAAUCUGCAGGUCGAUCAUGGACCAGCCCGCACUAUAUUUUUGUACUCCGUUUCGUGUGAUCACCCCUGCUUCUGAAAAAAGUCGGCUUCGGAAACUACAAUCGGGAGCAAAAGACGAGCGGAGUAAAUGGACUAGUUAAUGCCCUUCUUGUCGUUUGUCUGCUCAAACUCUUCGCCACGCCGAAAGGACUGGCGGCGAAGGGCAGGAGGUCGUUUUCUAAGAGACAGCUGGCAAAUUUUCGCUAGACAUCAGGUAGCACCGGUUAUGUCCUGAGUGCCGCCGCCUCGGAUUCCUCGUGUCUCCUGCGACAUCCCACAGCGAGCUUUCCCUUCCUUGGCUUGUUGCAAGAGCGACAAGGCGACCCGAGCACGCUUAGCGCCAGAAACUCCUUCCAGCCUUCCGAGGAGACGUGAAGAGGCGAAAACGUCUCGUGGGGAAUGGCCUGAUUUUAGCCGCCGCGCCGUCGCCGCCUUUCACGAACGAGCCCGUCAUCGCUGGGCAGUAUCUGCUCAAGCGACCGGGGAGUCUCCCCUCUGGAAGACAGGAAGCGGCCAGGUGGGCGGGUGGCCGUCGGUUCCGCGGGAGGAGCCACAGCGUGAUGCAGGCUCAGGGAGGAGCCAGUCGAGGUUAAGCUGACCCAGGAAGUGAAGGUACGCCUAAUUGAGCAACUGUCUAGCCUGCAGAAUAAGCAACAGCGGGAGCUGGAGCUCCUAGAGGACAUCAGGUCCUACAGCAAGCAGCGGUCUGCCAUCGAGAGGGAGUAUGGGCAGAUGGCUCCGUUUGGCUGUCCCCACUGAGACCUGAGCCCUUAUCUAUUGAAGUCCCAACCUGGGAUUGCACGUGAGUAGGCAUUGCAAAGGCUGGCAAGUCAGUUCCUGAAGCGAGAUGGGCAGCGUGGCUGGAAUGUUCCCAGUGACUCCAGGGCAUGGAACACCUGCUGAAUAUCCAGACUGAGCUGCUGGAGACGGUGAAGGAAGUCAGCAAAACCAAGAAACAUUACACACACAUACAGAGGGCUGGUGAAGUAGCCAGAGAGAAGGCUGCUGAUGUGGAUGCCAGGCUCAAGAAGAGUGACCACGGCAUAUUUCAUACUAAGGCCAGCUUGCAGAAGCUCAGUGCCAAGUUCUCUGUGCAGCUGGUGGAGAAUUCGCAGCAGCUGGUGGUGGCACGAAACGAGUACCUCUUGGCUCUGGCCGCUGCAAGUGCCCACCUGGAGCACUACUACCAUGUGGAGCUGCCUACUGUUUUCAAGAUUCUAGAUGGUGACCUCUAUGAGCGGCUCAGGGACCAGCUGGCCCUGAUCAGCCAGACAGAGUUGGAGGUUUGCCAAGGCGCAGGGGAACUUUUCCAGAGUGCUCUAGAUGCAUCUUCACAGGUGUGCCAGGAGCAGAAUCUCCUUUUCCUCCAGGAUAAUACUGUAUUUUCAGCAAUGGCCAUGCAGCCCUUUCAGCCAGCAGGUGGUGACCAGGUGACUUCUCUUCUGGAUGUAAGUGGCAGCAGUAUUGGGGAGAGUGGAUUAGAAAAGGAAGCACGCCGCUGGGCCACUCGGGCAGCCAAAGAUUAUAAAAUACAAACAAUCAGUGAGCAGGUUCUACAGAGAAUGGAAACCAGGAGACAGCAGGCCCCUGAGGCAGAGAUGAUCACCAUGGAGAAGAGGAUGGAAGAAAUAAGAGAGAACAUGCGGAAGGCUGAGAUCAGCAAGGUGAAGUCAGAGGCACGGUUAGUUCUUCUGCGUCAGGCUGGCUUGGAUGUAGACAUGUGGCUGGCAAGCACCAUGGGACAGGUGCUAGACGAAAUGGAGCAAGAGCGACGCCUCAGUGAAGCUCGCAGGUCUGAGAAGGAGUCAACUCCUACGGCAGAAGAUUUUGAUCUUGCUGAAUUUGAUGAUUAUGAUGACAGCACAGAACUAUUUGAGGACACAAGGCCAAGCUCAAGCAUGGCUCAUGUUUAUCCUUUGUCCUGCAAAGUAUUCUUCCCAUACCAGGCCUGCCAGUCUGAUGAGCUGUCCAUUGCCCAGGGGGAGGAGUUGGAGGUCAUUGAAGAUGGUGAUGUGGAGGAAUGGGUCAAGGCGCGUAACAGGACAGGACAGGUCGGGUAUGUCCCUGAGAAGUACCUCCUCUUUCUGGAUUCAGUAAGCAGGGAACGCCCAGCCCUAGAUGGGAACACCGAGGAAGAGUCCUCUGAUAUGACCCUUGAGAGGGAGCUGACAAACAUCAUGAGCAUGGACCUGAUGCUGGAGCCUGGAGCUUCGCUAGUGCGAGCCCUUUAUGACUACGAAGGGCAGAGCUCUGACGAACUCAGUUUCCCUGAGGGGGCCAUAAUCAGAGUGCUGCCUCGGGAGGAGGGAGCUGUAGAUGAUGGCUUUUGGAAAGGGGACUUCAAUGGGCAAGUUGGAGUCUUCCCAUCAUUGGUGGUGCAAGAAAUAACUGGUACUCAAGAGACAACUGAACAGGAACUGCUCUCACCAUCUCCUCCAGCCUUCUCCCCUCCAGUCCUUGACCAUGCAGUAUUAUCUCCUCCAGACAGUCUACUGGGAGGUGGCUGGCAAGGAAAUGUGGCUGGAGAGCACAGUUCUCCUGACCUGAACACACCACGUAUUCGCCCAGUCCGAGCUCCCCCACCUCCACCAUCGAAGACUCCAGAAGCUGACUUGGUGCUUGGUCAUGAUUAACUCUCCAUCUGCCAUGAACUAGGAUUCCCAAGAAGGCUUAAGUGCUUUGGGGGCUGGUGGGGCCCCAGGCAAAUUAGUUUCUGCUUGGAGUACUUGGGUGUCUCUAGCCGCUUUAGAGCCCACUCUCACAUUCUCAAGCACCAGCAAGCUAACAGUGGGAUGGAGGUGCUGAGAGGUGCAUUGCUGCUGCUGUGAUGAGCUUCUCUACCUCAACACAUGAGGCUAUGGCCCAAUGGACUUACUGGUUCCAGAAUGGUCUUACCGAGGAAUGUUGAAAAUAAGGGUUUUGCUUUCCUCUCUGUACCGUGAUUCAGCCCUGCAUGUUAGGACCUAGAAAUGGCAGGCUCUGUCUAGCUUUGAUAUUCCUUGGUCCUCUACUUGAGGCUGUACAAGCAUUUUUCCCCCAUUCUGUGGUUUGAGAUGGGAGCUGGUCUCUCUCUUGGCUUUUAAAUGCUGCUAGCUGGCAUCUGUUUGCACUUAGUUCUGAUAGACAAUUGAUAAUGUCAGGGUCUGAACUACUGCUGCUCUUACAUGGUUACUAGUUCUUUUACUGUCCCCUGAAGAGUGGGCUGGCUUCUGUGCUGUGUCUUUGAGAGGCAAUAGAUGGGUAGGCAUUGACCCAAUAAACAGACAUCAUUCUGCA